ACCCAACAAGUUUCACACCUUCUACACAGAAAUCUUGUAGUAGUAUCAUUCAACAGCUCGCCCUUUUCUCUCCCUCUCCCUCAGUUUCCUCCCAGAAUUCAUAGCAUUGUUGAUUUUUGAAGAUGUCUGCUAAGUACAUACUUUCUGGUUUGGUGGGAUCAUUUGCAAUUGCAUAUGUUUGUGAUCAUUUAAUUGCCGAUAAAAAGAUUUUUGGAGGUAAGACUCCGCCAACUGUUGAAAACAAGGAGUGGUGGGAAGAGACUGACAAGAAGUUUCAGGCAUGGCCUCGCACUGCUGGUCCUCCAGUGGUCAUGAACCCCAUCAGCCGCCAAAACUUUAUUGUGAAGAACCGUAUUGACCAGUGAAGCUCCACCCAAUGGCCUUUUUGUUUCUAAUAUCAUCUUUAUGGAAGAUUACAAUUUUUACUCUGAAGUAAUGGUUAGCAUGGAUGUAAAUGCAGAAACAGUCACUCUUUUCCUAUUUCAGCCUUAAGGCUUUCUUUCUGCCAUCGCUUUUCAUCAUGUGGUCAUUCUGCAAUUAGACAUUAUUAAUAAUUUCAGUUCAAAAGCAUGAAGUGUUGGAUAUAAUUUUCACACAAGCCUCUUGAUUCAUCUGUUGUCUUUUCUAAUCUAUAUGUAAUUUGCUUGAUGGCUUA